AUGCAAGCAUCGGUCUCUUACCCUGAUUCUGUCCCUGUGGAACCUACAAUCCGAGAUCUCGUCCUCGCGAACGCCCAGCAGCACGCGACCCUACUUGCAUCAUUGUCCAGUCUCUCGUCCUCCCCCGCCUCACUCGCUAGCCACGAAUCAUAUAUCGAAGAGCUCACAGAACAGUUGGCCCGGGUGACGAAACAGAUCAGGCAAUUCGAAGUUAAAACAUGGGCUGCACAACGAGAGUAUGACAGCAUCAAAGACGAUUUGGGGCGUACGAAGAGGUUUAUGGCGGGGCUGGUUGGGAUGAAGGACAAGGUGGACGAAAGGCUCCUGAUCGAGGAACGGAAAUACCAACGAGCGCUCGAGGAAGAAAAAUCCGCAAAAGAAAGAAAACGGGCGAUUGAGCGACUGAUUGCUGCAGCCACGAUAGAGAAAGAAGAACUCGAAGCAAAUGUCAGGGAAUAUCGCACACGACGGGCCCGGUUGGGCUCCCUCUACUCGACCAUCUUCGACGGCCCCACCCCAGAUUAUCCAGAAGAGGAUCGCCUCGAAUAUGAUUUUCUGGAGUCGCAAAAGCGGUACGACGAGGCCAGCCACCAACUUAGCAUUGAACUCGAAGUUGCCGAGCAUCUGGAGAUGGCAUCUGCGUCCAUGAAAGCGUCCCUCUCCGAAUUGAAGACUCUAGUCUCCCGGUGGACGGCAGACGUCGCGACUAGAUCUAAGACACUCACGGAUAACCUUAAGCGCAAAGGCCUAGGCGAUGCGAUACGCCAUUACACCGAAGCACGCGCCCUCGUAGACAAAGCCGUUGCAGUCUCUCCGAAUGUUAUACAACCUCUGAACCCACCUCUCAUCGGCGGCCAAACGAUCGAAGCGGAACCAGACAUCCCUGCCGCAGUCUUCAAAGACUCGUCAUUUCUGCUACCAACAUUCCGGGACUUUGAGGCUUCAAAUACCAAGCUGAGAUCUCAACUCGACUCAGCUUCUCGACGGAGGAACAACCUCGUUGGAAUCAUGAACGAGGUCUCGCCUCAACUCGAGCAACGAAGGGAGGCGUUGUUUGACCUUCGCCAGUCGAUCUUCGUGAGCUUUCUUCCCGCGGGCGUGGAUGAUGGUGCAAGUCCACCGGAUUAUCAUUCUGUAAUCCAAUCUUGA